AUGGUACAAGAGCCAACGCUUGUUCGCAAAACUAUUACCUGUGAACCUCCUGUCAUAUCAAACGGACAUGUAUCAGUCAUCAAACCAGCCUUGUAUGGGUCAACUGUAACCUAUCAUUGUAACCAAGGCUUUGUUCUGGAUGGGCAAGGGAGCUCAAAGUGUAUUCAAAAUGGAACUGACAAUGUUUAUGGGAAAUGGACUGACCAGACGCCUGUGUGUAAAGCCAUAAGUUGCGACACACCAUUUUUACUGAAUGGACAAGUAAUAGCGGGUGGUCAAAGUACCCAUGGCACGACAGUGAUCUUCAAAUGCAACGACGGCUUCAUUCUCGUAGGAAAGACGAAUUCUACGUGCGUUCAUGAAGAUCCAAAAAGCGCCAAGGGAAAGUGGUCAGAGCCAACGCCUGUUUGCAAAACUAUUACCUGUGAGCCUCCUGUCAUACCAAACGGAUAUGUAUCAGUCAUCAAACCAGCCGUGUAUGGGUCAACUGUAACCUAUCAUUGUAACCAAGGCUUUGUUCUGGAUGGAAAAGGGAGCUCAAAGUGUAGUCAAAAUGGAACUGACAAUGUUUAUGGGAAAUGGACUGACCAGUCGCCUGUGUGUAAAGCCAUAAGUUGCGACAAACCAUUGUUACUGAAUGGACAAGUUAUAGCGGGUGGUCAAAGUACCCAUGGCACGACAGUGAUCUUUAGGUGCAACGAAGGCUUCGUUCUCGAAGGAAAGACAUAUUCUACGUGUGUUCAUGAAGAUCAAAACAGCGCCAAGGGAAAGUGGUCAGAGCCAACACCUGUUUGCAAAGCUAUAACCUGUGAACCUCCUGUCAUAUCAAACGGACAUGUAUCAGUCAUCAAACCAGCCGUGUAUGGGUCAACUGUAACCUAUCAUUGUAACCAAGGCUUUGUUCUGGAUGGGAAAGGAAGCUCAAAGUGUAGUCAAAAUGGAACUGACAAUGUUUAUGGAAAAUGGACUAACCAGUCGCCUGUGUGUAAAGCUAUAAGUUGCGACACACCAUUAUUACUGAAUGGACAAGUAAUAGCGGGUGGGCUAAGUACCCAUGGCACGUCAGUGAUCUUUAGAUGCGACGAAGGCUUCAUUCUUGAAGGAAAGACAAAAUCUACGUGUAUUCACGAAGAUCCAAACCGCGCCAAGGGAAACUGGUCAGAGCCAACACCUGUUUGCAAAGCCAUAAAUUGCGACACGCCAUUCUUACUGAAUGGACAAGUAACAGCGAGUGAGCUAAGUACCCAUGGCACGACUGUAAAUUUUAGAUGCUAUGAAGGCUUCAUUCUCGAUGGAAAGACAAAUUCAACGUGUGUUCACGAAGAUCCAAACAGCGCAAAGGGAAAGUGGUCAGAGCCAACGCCUGUUUGCAAAGUCAUUACAUGUGAAGAACCGAAGUUAAAAAACGGAAAUGUCACAACUGUAGUCAGUCCUGCAACAUUUAGUUCAGUCGUCAACUAUACAUGCAACGAAGCUUUCGUAUUAGAAGGAGCGUUCAAUUCCACCUGUACCCAAAAUGGCACUGAAAAUGUGAAAGGAGAGUGGUCAGAACCAUCGCCUACUUGUAGAGAAAUUACCUGUGACCAACCCGUUCUACAGCAUGGUAAAGCAUCCACAAGUUCCUUACAAUAUAAUUCAACAGUAACAUACAGCUGCGAGGAGAACUAUUCUCUUACUGGGAAGGCAAAGUCCACUUGCGUCCAGGAGGAUAAAACUAGCAUCAAGGGUGUGUGGGCUGAUCCAAUACCGAUUUGCACAGAUUUAGAGUCACCCUCAUCGACCAUUGAUCACGUGGAUGGAAACUUUGGAGGACGCGCAAACACGCGAUCAGCAAUGAACAUCGGAAUUGAUAUUGGCUGCGCGACAGUUGUUCUCGUCUUGGUUUCCAUUGGUAUUAUGUUGGCAAUUAAAAAGAAAAGUCGGGAAAGCCAACCACAUGAAACACCUGAAGAAGACCCACCUGCCAAAUCCAACGUGACGGACUACCAGAACCCACUUUACGAUAUGGAAGAAUGGGACGGAGGACAAAACGAAACAAGGGGCAGUCCUCAUGAGACGUUCCGCCUAGAUGUUGUUUGAGGAAAGUUCACAACAUCAAACUAUUCAGGAUCUUUAUAGCUGUGUUUCAGUUGGUGAUGGUCGGUUACGUCACGCCAGUUUUCGAUGAUACAGGACAGUGUCAAAAUUCCUCUGUGCAUUCUUACGUACAUAAUUUAUUUCUCGAUGGAGUAAAACCCUUUCUUCUGAAGACAUAGGUAUGAGAUUUUCACAGACGAAGAAUAAAAAACUGAAUAACUGGCGAAAAAAUCAUUGUGUCUUCAUACAUGUAUAGUACAUUCUAGCACCGCAAUAUUCUGCUAGCGUUGUACAUGGGGACGAAAAAUACAGAGGUACGUGACAUUGCCGAUGUUCACCACUGACUCUGUAUCAAAGAAUGACACUGAAGGUAUCGUGUAAAAAAAUUGACAAAAUUUUAGAAAACGUCUUGAAUUAGGGGAUGGACGUAAACGUGUGUGCCUUCUUUGCCUGACAAGCCUGAUAUCACUGUACCGAGUCGUCAGACUGAUCCGCCUAUUUCAUAUUUUGAUUGAAUUUAUAGUAAAGUGCGUACAUGUAUAAUUUAUAAGUUAGUUUAUUUACUCCAGACCACGUUCCAUGGUAUACAGUAGAUCAAAUAUACCCGUACUUGUCAUAUGUACAUUGUAUUACAAAGUGAAUUAUUAAGGGGUCUCACAAAAUAUUUAUGCAAUCAAUAGCGUUGUGGCUAUCAUAAAUUAUCAGUGGUGCUUCCAAAACAGUUGUAGGCUACACUUGCAACAAACUUGGCUGGUUCUGUGGGAUAUUUUUGUCUGAAUCCGACAAAACAAGAGUUUGUGCCCUAAGGCAUGGGAUAAAAUCAAUAACAUAAUUGAUGACUUUCACACAUCUUGUUGAAAACACAAAAAAAACCACAAUAGCUACAUGUACUAAAAGAAUAAAGCAAUGGCGUCAAAUAUAAUUUUAACUUAAUGUUUUUCGGAAGGGGACUCAAGAUUUAUUUUUUUUUGGUUAUUUGCACAUUAGUAGCACAAAAGAAGUGAAUUCGAGUCCUAUUAUCACAUCUAAAUCUACCACUCACCACGUGCCAAUUACAAUACAGAAAUAAAAAAAUAACAACAUUGACUGGUCUAAUUUCAAAAUAACAAUUAAUCAAUAUUUGUUUGAGAGUUCUUGCACCUAGCCUAUUUAUAAAGUCACCAAAUUAAUAAAGACAGCUUAUUAGAGAUUGUCUCUAUACCUUUUGGCACACAACUUGUAUUAUUGUUUUGGGCUUUUCAAGUUAUGAAAUGAGAAUGUGGACAGGCUUUGUUAUCAAGUGAAAAUAUUAAAAUCUAAGUUAAAUCUUUCUCUUUUCUUCUUUUUCACCAUCUCAGGUGUCUUUUCUUCGUUUCCACCUCCUCCUCCGUUCCUUAUCCCAAAUAUUACACUUUUUCCGCAGCCAGUACCUCAAAUCAGCUAAGGCCCACGCCAGAAUCCAUCACUCAUUUCAGGGUAUGAAAAACUGCCCGCAGUAAAAUGCUGAAGUGCAAUAUCCAGUUUGCUGGAACUGAAUAACAACGAAUGUAAUAACUCCCGAGGGUUUAUCAAGGUAGCCCGAAGUUCUAUUUUUUAAACUGAGAAACUCUCGAAUGCCGUAGGUUUAAGUUCGCUGGGGACCCAGAAAAAACCCGUUUCAAU